AUGGCAAGUGAAAGUGCUGAAUUACCAGUUACCCCGGAGGUAACUACGUCACCGCCGGUGGUUGAAAAACGAAGGUGCUCUAUCGGUAAGGCUGGCUCCGGAAAAAGCAAUGAAAAAAUUGUUCCGCGUUAUCUCAGAGCUUCCACCGGUUCGUGUCAUGAUAUUUGUAAAUAUGGGGGGAACCAUUCGUUUGAUCCGAAGGAAAGACGCUCGAUACCUAACAGAGCCACGAGAAAACAACUUUACCAGACUCGCGGAGAGAGCAUCGGUGGGAUGAUUGCUAAGUCCAAACUAUCGGUUGAUUCAAAGCUAACAAAGAUGUCAGCAGACGUACUCGAAGAAUCGGCUGAUUCUAAACCGACAAAGAUGUCAAUGGUCGUACUCAAAGAAGCAGUCUAUUCCAAGGCUCGAACUUCUGAUGCCUUAGAUGCCAAAAACAGGAAGAAAACAUCGUCUGUUGAGGUCAAACCAUCACUCGUAUCAAAGUCGCAUACUUCUCCAUCAACAAGUCAAGAAAUUUCUUCAUCAACUGAUAAGGAGAUGGAAUCGCAAUCAAAAUCAGCGUCUAGGAAGGUUGAAACUCCGUCAAAAUCAACUUCGAAGACGGUGAAAACUCCUUCAAAAUCCACUUCGAAGGUUGACAGUAUAUCAAAACGAAUUUCUGAAUUCAAAGUGCCGUCAAAAUCAACUGUCGUCCCGGUGGAAGCUGUGCCAAAAUCAAUUCUCAAGAAAGUGGAAAAUCCUUCAAAUUCAACCUCCAAAGUCAAAACUUCAUCAAAAUCUACUUCCAAAACGGAAGGAACUUCAUCACAUUUACCUUCUUCAAAUGGGAAGUUGUUGGCAAAGCCUUCGACGUCUUUGAGUUCAAUUCGCGUAGCAAGGAACAAUGUAUCAUCCUCUAUGAAAUCCUUAGAAGGCUUUGGCGACAAAGGAAGUAACGAGAUCAAGACGAAAAAGAAAGUAGCUUCCUUCAAAGCAUCUCCAAGAAAACUGAUAGUACCAAUAAAAGCUUUGUCAUCUCCUAGAGCCUCUAAAAAGCACCAGAACCUGAAAAUUGUGUCUCCUCUAAAGAAUCAGAAGGCUGUGAAAAAAGUCGAACUUGAGGAACACAACAAUCUAAGGAAUCAGAAGACUUUGAAAAAAGUCGAACUCGAGGAAAACAAAAUCCAUGAGGCAAAGGAAAAGACUUUGUACGUCAUCGAGAUGGAAACUGAAAACAAAACUUUGCAAUCUAAUCAAAAGGUAAUAAGCUACGAUGAUGAAUCGUACCUCCCUCAGUUGUUGACGCCUGAGUCUUCUUCAACCUCAGUUACUCAAUCCUUAUCCGAAGAAAACCAUGAGGAAUCUGAAUACACAACUAGUGAAUAUGAGGUGGACACUUUAUCGGGAAACUCUGAAAUCGAAAGCAUUGUAAACAAUGAGACUUUAAUGGCCGAGAAGAUAGGCAAGCAGAGAAAGGUUAAGGAAGAGGAAGACAAGGAUUGCGAAAUGACAAAGUUAAAGUUCAGAAGAGGGAAAAUGGUUGAUGAUCAAAGUGAGAGAAAUACUCCAAGAAAGCUUAAAUUUCGGAGAGCGAAAACAUUGGUAGAGAAAGCAAAUGUUAAAGAGAAAGUUGUGCUGAGACACCAAAGUUUUGAGGACAAGAAAGAUGCACAAGGAUUGUUUAACAAUGUGAUCGAGGAAACUGCAAGUAAACUUGUUGAGGCUAGGAAGAGUAAGGUUAAAGCAUUGGUUGGUGCAUUUGAAACUGUUAUCUCUCUUCAAGAGAAAUAA